AUGUCGUCCUUCUUCGCGGGACUUUUCAAGAGUGCGCCGCAGACUCCACAAUUUGCACCGCAAUUCCCCUACGCCAUCGAGAAGAACCCAUACCAAUGCAAGCGUACUUGGCCUCCCGACUUUACACAACUAUCUGAAAAACAUCAGUUCCGGCUUGAGAGACGCUACAGGAGAAGAGCAAAGCUGAAGUGGGCAAGGCCCAAUUGGACAAAAGGCGUCAAGCUUGCGCAGUGGGGCAGCAUUGUCUUCGUGUGCGUGUACGGAGUGCUGUAUAUGGAUGUCGGAAAUGGACAGACACCAUUCGAUGGAGUGAGUUCGGGCAUGAGCAAGGACGUUGCGCACCGCACACUGAUAUCGAUUUAG